AUGGAGGAAGGCAAGGAACCUAUGAGGAUGGAUCAGGACGGCCAGCACCGUAAGGUCAAUCUAGGGUUUGAUAACCUGCCAAGAGCCGCCGACAAUCUAGCCAACUCCGUGAGAAGUAUGCUGCAGACGGUUGCCGCUGGAGGGAGGCCCGAAAGAGCAUCUUCUUGGACCAUCUUGUGUGAUCUGCAGGCUUGCAUCUCUGAGCCCCUUAGCGUUAUUCAUUACGCUCUCGACGCUGUUCGACGACUAUUCUGUAAUAGAGGAAUGGGAAGAGGACGGGAAAGUGCAAGGGGGCGGAAAGAGAAACUGUCAAUACUGCUGAGGAGCGAACCGAACAAAAAGAAUCUGUUGACGCCGAUUAUUAUGAUUAUUACAUCAACCUACAGGCUGAGUAUUACCUCCCAAGACACCGACGAUAAUGAACGCAGAAACUAUGAAGACUCCGACGACGAAGAAGUUGAUCCAGAUUGGCCUCCGCCGAGUCUCGCAAUUUACUAUGGUGGAGAUAGCCCUAAUGUGGGUGCGGCUUACUGUUUUUCCCGGGACCUGGUGGAGCUGUUGUCUGUGCGUCCUCGCUUUCCCUUUACGGGCACCUUCGCUGCCUUCAACGAUCGUUCUGCCUACUACUACUCCUCUCCGAAAGGUCAACAACAACAUGAUGUGGAUUCUCAGGGAAAUUUGUUACUCCGUGCACAAGGCAAGGCCAUUGAGAAUGCCUUUCAAAUUAAAAUUGAAAUCCCAGAUGGAGAUAAUGGAAUUGAUGAUGGGUACCUGGUCUUCAGAGUAAACCCGUACGCGUGCAACAAAGUUAUAACCCGCACCAUCCUGACAGCUUGUGGCCGCAAAAUAGAUGUGACUUUUGUGCCGCUCUACUGUGCUAUACAAGCAAGGGUGUUCGUCAACUUUGAUUUCAUAGCUGGUGCUGGCUCUAGCACGGGUGGCACCAUCUAUUAUGUCUACGGCGAAAUCACUGCACACCAUCAAUUCUACGACGACAAGAAUGCCAUGCUCUUUUAUUGUGAAGAAGGGAACAAAGCAGAGGUUGUUGGCGGCAAGCUUCCACUGUUACGGUCUUGGGCAGCUGUUCCGAUAUACUUAGAUCCGCUCUUGAUAAUCAAGUUGAGCCUCCGCGUCUCAACUAAUCCUGAGCAUGAUCCUGAUGGUCAUACCUUCUCCUUCCAAGGUGAUCUUACCUUCGACCGCGACCAGUAUGAAAAAUCCAUUUGCAACGUCGACCAUGGUGUAGUUAAAGUGUGUAUCUCAUACGAGUAA